AUGAAAGCAGCCGCAGAUUGGGUGUCGUGCGAUGCUUCAGACGUCAGCCAGGCAGAGCAGCGACCGUGGGCUCUCGACCCUUGGAAGCUUGAGGUGGAGACUACUGGACGAGGGAAACCCAAGAGGAUUCUCGGCACAGGAGCCUUCACGGUCGUGUACCAGGCGACGUAUGAAGGGGCUGAGGUGGUCGUGAAGGAGCCGCAUGACACUCAAGUGAUCGAUGGCGAUGAGUCGACGCGCAAGGCGUUCAUGAAGGAGGCGAUGCUGCUCUUCAGCAUGUCUCACCUCAACGUCAGUAACCUGGUCGGCGCCAUCCUGUCGGACGAGCACGGAGACUCUUGCUACCUGCUGGUGACGGAGGCGCUGCUUCAGCCUCUCGAUCGCUUCAUCGAGCUGAUUCUUAGACCUGCCGGUGCGAACGAGCAGCAGGCCAGAGGUCGCGCGAUCAUGCAGGGGCUGGCGGACGGGCUGACGUACCUGCACGCGCAUGAGAUCGUUCACGGGGACCUGCAGCCUAAGAACGUCAAGGUGGAGGCCAACGACGUCGCGAAGCUCGUGGGGUUCGAGCUCGUGAAAGUGAAGCAGCUGGUCGCCUCGUCGUCAGAGUCCGUGAAGCAGGGACAUGUGUGCUGGAUGUCUCCUGAACAGAAGAGAGGAGGGAGCGCGACGUUGGCGUCGGACGUGUACUCGCUCGGCCUUGUCAUGUCGUACGUGAUGACGCGC